AAUGACCGCGGAAUGCCCUAACAUGAACGGAACGCCCACAUCAAAUAAAGAAGAAAAAGAAGAGGCCAUUCGAGAAAUAACAGAAGCUCUUCUAAAGCGUCGUCUUGAGUCUGAAGUAUAUGAUCCUGUAAAAUGUAAGCAUCUUAGCCAUGAAAUAGCUGGAGAACUGAUGAGAGACCUCAAGCAACUCCAAUACUACCGUUAUAAAAUAGUUGCCGUAGUGAGUUUAGGAUCGGCUGGUCAGAAAGGUACGAAAUUUGGAUCAAGGUGCUAUUGGAAUGAGAAUAAGGACUGUUUUAAAUGCGUAAAAUAUUCAAAUGAUACACUUUUUGCUAUGGCAAUGAUUUACAUUCUUUACGUUGAUUGA